GUGAUGGCGUCCGUGAACACAACUCCCUCCUCACAAAAGUCUCGGGCUCUCGGCAGCUCCUUGCAGAUCAGCCAAGGAAACCAGCUCAGCGCUUGCGACUCUGCUUCUUCUGCCCCCCUCGCAAAUCCAGACGGACCCGUGGCCGCCGGAGGAAGGAGGGUCGAAGCCUCGCCUCACCUCGCGCCGUCGCGCUCGCUUCAGAAGGCGGCGGCCGCGGUUGCGUAGUCGCUUCCCCACAUCUGGUCUUCCCCGCCGCCGUUGCCACAGCCUCGUAAUCCUCCUGCACAAAUAUCCCGAGGAGCGCCUGCUGCUGCUUCUCCGUAUUCAUUCGCCGUUGCGCGCGGGACGACAUUAGACCGGCCGAGCGACAUGGGGGGAAGCCCGUCGAGGAGCAGCCCGCGGGACGGGAGCGGCCACGGGCGGUACGGCCACUCGCGCUCCUUCCCGCAACCGUCGGGGGCGCCGCCGCAGUAUGGAGGCUACUACGGCCAGGACCCGAACGCGGGCUACUACGGCGCGCCGGCGCCGCAGCAGGGAGGAGGAUACGCCGCGCCGUCCGCGGCCCCGGCGUACCACACCCCGGCAGCUGCUCCGGCGCCGCAGGCCGCGAAGCCACGGCAACUUGACCGGCGGUACUCGCGGAUUGCCGACGAUUACAACUCGGUGGAUCAGGUUACUGAUGCUCUAGCUCAAGCAGGGCUUGAAUCGUCAAAUCUUAUUGUCGGCAUUGAUUUCACAAAGAGCAAUGAGUGGACAGGGAAAUUCUCCUUCCAUGGACGUAGUUUACAUCACAUUAGCAGCACACCAAAUCCUUAUGAACAAGCCAUCUCAAUUAUCGGGCAAACAAUGUCGAAAUUUGAUGAAGAUAAUCUGAUCCCGUGCUUUGGAUUUGGAGAUGCAUCAACACAUGAUCAAGACGUCUUCUGUUUUUAUCCUGAUGAGAGACCUUGCAAUGGAUUCUCAGAAGCUCUGCAUCGAUAUAGGGAAAUUGUGCCACAUUUGCGCUUAGCUGGACCAACAUCAUUUGCACCAAUUAUUGAGAUGGCUAUGACCAUUGUGGAGCAAAGUGGUGGGCAAUACCACGUACUAUUGAUAAUUGCAGAUGGGCAGGUUACGAGGAGUGUAGAUACUGCAUCUGGACAGCUAAGUUCGCAAGAGCAGAAAACUGUUGAUGCCAUUGUGAAGGCCAGUGAACUGCCUUUGUCCAUCGUGUUAGUAGGAGUUGGUGAUGGCCCCUGGGACAUGAUGAAGGAGUUUGAUGACAACAUUCCUGCUCGAGCUUUUGACAAUUUCCAAUUUGUGAAUUUUUCGGAGAUAAUGUCCAAGAACAUGCCACAACCAAGGAAAGAGGCUGCAUUUGCUCUUUCAGCAUUGAUGGAGAUACCACAACAGUAUAAAGCAACUGUGGAAUUAGGAAUUUUAGGUCGUCGCUCUUUCAAGUCUCAUGACCGGGUGGCUCUGCCGCCUCCUGCUGGAAUCGAUGAUGCUUAUUCCUAUUCAUCUAAUAAAAGCUUUAGUAAGCCAACCACCUACCCGCAGAGUUCAUCAUCCGCAUCACCGUAUCCUCACUACGAAAAUCCACAUAGCGCCACCCCAGUCGCACCUACGUCCACUUAUGACAACCAGGUCUGCCCUAUCUGCCUUGUGAACCCCAAAGACAUGGCGUUUGGGUGUGGACACCAGACCUGCUGUGACUGUGGACAGAGUCUCGGGUCGUGUCCGAUCUGUCGCACUCCCAUCACCACAAGGAUAAAGCUAUACUAGCAAGUGGUGGUUUGGAUCAUUGCACAUGGGUGGUAUACUGGAGCUACCCUGCGUCACGCCGGGAGAUCGGGACAGCAUGACCCGCUUGCAAUCCAUUCAGUCCCACCAUGAGCAGAUUCAGGCCGAGGAUUGCAGGGCCGUUGAUCCAGCGCUCCAAGAUGGAGCAGGGUUGUCCCAGUAUUCAUACCCACGAGGAAUGAUCCGAGCGCAGUGCAAUAGGCAGUGGGUUUGAGCAUUUUGUCAAGAGCUAUUACCAAAGCAAAGGAGAAAAACACAGAAGCGAAAAAAGAGGAAAAAUGCAAAAAAGAGAGAGAGCUGGUGGUGGGUUCUGCGAUUGCGUGUUGGGCAAUGGCACUAAAUUGCGUGGUUGCUCAACUUGUGACUUGUACAUAUAUGGAUAUUCGUUCGUAUGUGGAGUUCUGCCGUCAGUGUUUAGCGGAUUCUUUGUGCCGGUGCGUUUUUGUUCGUCCGAGAUUUGUUAAUUUGAUUUGUUGUAUUUUGUAAAAAAAACAACCUUAAUUUUCAUGUAAUUGGAAAUGAUAAACUCCGUUUUAGGGAAGAUUAAGGAGGAGACAUCUGCUUGGAUAGUGGCAGGAGGGAGGCCCUUAGCGGCCUUACUAGCAUGAGAAUAACGCUGUACCUGUUU